AUGUCUAACAGUACAAAGCCUUACACAACUGAAGAUGGUACCGUCGUGGAUACGUGCGUACUUAACUCAGAGGAUUCGACAUAUCUGAGGCCCACGGAUGAACCACUGGAUCCGAUCUGGGCCCUUAGUGUCUUCGAGCAGCGACUUCACGACAGGGGCCCCAAUUCAUAUUAUGAGUGCCCGGCAUUCGACCCUGACAUGGCCAAAGAGCUCCUCAUCAACACCACAAUCUCCGCACUAGCCCUAAACCAGCGUUUCGACAUCGUCAACGGAACCGAGACCAGGACCUUCAACAUCUACCGCUUCGAGAACAAGCUCGCCUUCUUCCUACCAUACGGUCUGUCACUUGCUCUCGCCAUACCAAUCCUAGCACUAGGGCUCGUAGCGCUCUACGUCCAAAACCACGGCGUCUCGGCUAUCAAUGGAGGUUUCAUGCAGCUUCUUAUGACGACUACUGGUCGCGGUUCACUCGAAGCGGUCGUUAUGAGAGGCUCGGGUACGCUGGGCGGAUACGAGAACGUUUCGGAAGAGCUGCGUGGGAUGGAGGUUAGGUUUGGGGAACUCGUUGAAGUUAGUGGGGAUGAAGUUAAAGAGACUGACACGCUUUUGAGUGGGCAUGACGGGCUUGCUGAUGUGCGGAAUGAUGAUCGUUCGCAGUCAGGUGUGCAGGCUGCGCCUGGAACGGAGCGGUUCGAGAACAGCGUUUCUGUAGUGCGAAGGGCUGGUUUCGGGACGGAUGAUGAGGUGAUACCAUUCAGGAAGAACGCAAAACAGUAG